GGGAGAAAGACUGUGCAUAGCGGCGGCGGAUGGUCGUUUCCGGUUCCGGGUCGGCCCUCGGCUGGUGUGGAAGCGAGGCAGGUGGUGUGAGGGGAGAUUCGCUGGCCGGUGGGAGCGCUGCCGCUGUGCUCGUCUUCGUUAUGCCCAAAGGGAGAAAAGGAGGCCACAAGGGCCGCGCAAGGCAGUACACGAGCCCUGAGGAGAUCGACGCCCAGCUCCAAGCAGAAAAACAGAAGGCCAAGGAGGAGGAGGAGGCAGCAGAGCAGGAGGAGGGAGGUGACGGGGCAUCAGCAGAGCCCAAAAAGGACAAGAAAUCACUAGAUUCUGAUGACAGCGAGGAGGAGGAGGAUGAAGAUUACCAGCCAAAGCACAAAGGAGUGGAAGGCAUGAUAGACAUUGAGAAUCCCAAUCGUGUUGCACAGACUGCCAAAAAAGUCACUCAGAUAGACCUGGAGGGCCCCAGGGAAUUAUCACGGAGAGAACGAGAAGAAAUUGAAAAACAGAAAGCGAAAGAACGAUACAUGAAAAUGCACCUCGCCGGAAAGACAGAACAGGCCAAGGCAGAUCUCGCUCGGCUAGCAAUCAUCCGGAAACAGAGGGAAGAAGCAGCCAAAAAAAAGGAGGAGGAAAGAAAAGCUAAAGAUGAAGCCUCUACAGCAGGCAAACGAUUGCAGUCGCUGUCCCUCAACAAGUAAGCACGGGCCAUCCAAAAGGAGGGAAUUCCCAGGAGCCCUGCCUGGCUGGUGCCUGUCGGGAACUCUGCCGCGUCAUGUCUGCGCGAGGCUGGGUGGAGAUGGCUGCAGCACCAGCAUCGUCUUCACCUCCAAGAGACACUGACAGCAACAUGUUUGUCUUCAAAUGGGCACAGAAUUUCCUUUGGGGGGAAGGGGGUGGGGGGGUGGGGAAGAGGGUGGGCUGGGGUGGGACAGCUAUUAAUUGUGAGGAGCAGCAGUUCUCCCGAGAACCGUUUUGAGGGAUUAAAACAAAAACGGUUUUCUUUCUCCUUUUUUUUUUGCUGUGUUAAGAGUUCAGAUCACAUAUCCAGGAACAGGGUGGGAAAAGGAUGGGGGUGGCCGGGGACAGAAAUGCUUCAGUAAGCCUGCAGAUGGGGCGGGGAAUUGGUAGGGGGGAGGGAGCAUUUCAUAACCAGCCCAUAGGAUUUAAGCUGUGGAGCAGCAAGCAGCCAUUCAGAGCUGACCCUGUGCUGCUCCUUUGUUUUUCAUUCGCAUUUUACACCCCACCUCUACCUUAUCUUUUAAAAGGCCUUCUAUAGUCUUUUUUCCCCCCUUCUUCAAAAACGGGAUGGUGACUUUUUAACUGCAAACAAAAAAACCCUUCUUGAUAGUGCAACAAGUUGGACAAGAUGCAAAUUGGAAACAAAACUUGUAUAUUUGGCUGAAUAAAGUUUAAAUUAUCAUAAA